AUGCAACGCUAAUAUAUGUUACCAACACCAAGAGAAACCAAUUAGCAAAUGAACAGAGUAGGGGAGUAACCCAUUAAGGGAAACGACUUUUCAGUUAAGAAAACCUAAAAGACAAAAGAUUAUAAUUUAGAAGCCAUAUAGCCAAUUUAUUAAAAUUCAUAAGAAAGUUUAUCGAAUUGCAAUAGUAAUAAGUCUAGUUCCAAAAAUUCCAUUGGAUUUGAAUAGUAACCCAGUUAUAUGGAGGAGUAGUAAUGGAAAUCCUCUCAUUAUCAUACAAAUACUGCGCCUGUCCAUUUGUAUUAAAACAUUGGUGAGAAUGAUGCAGCCUUUUUGAUCAAAGAUUAAGAUACAGGGAAUGUUUAUGAUAUUAGAAAUACAGAAAAGAUUCCUGUGAAUAGAGAGUAUAUGACAAAAUUGAAGAAGAGACAUAAAUCAGCAUGGCAAGGUUGGUGGCAAUAGAAAAAAGAGAAUAAUCGAAGUUUAUUAAAUUAUGUUAAAUCGAAUAAUAUAAAAGAAGUAGAGAAACUUUUAGAAAUUGCAUCCAAGGACUUGAAACCUGAAAUAAACAUUAGAGAUGACUCUGGAUUGAUUCCAUUACAUUAUAGUUGCAUGAAUCAGAACUACGAAUUAGCAUUAUUACUUUUAAAAAAUGAAGCUGAUUGCGAUUUAACAAACUCACAGGGAUAAACUGCAUUAAGUAUUUGUGCUUAAAAAGGGUGUGAAUACAUCUUGUCAUUGUUGUUAACUAUAGGUGCUGAUAUUAAUCAUAUGGACAAUCUUUAAAAUACUCCAUUGCAUUAUGCUUGUUAUUUUUGUAAAUUAAUGGUUUAAACUUAGAACACAAGAGGAUUGCUGAAAUAUUAUUGGCUAGGCCUUCAAUAAUGA